GGGAAACAUAAUAAUUAUCUAAUUACAAUGAAUCCUGGGAGAGGUCAAGAAAUCUCUGAAACAUCAAAGAAGAAGAAGAAGAAGACUAAAAUGAGAUCCAAGAAAAGAAAGAACAGUUUCAGAACAGAAACGGUUCAGAAAUUGUUCGAGACUUGCAAGCAAGUGUUCGCCGAUGCCAAAGCCGGCGACGUUCCGCCGCCGGCCGACAUCCAACGGCUGAAGUCUAUUCUAGAUGAUUUGAAGGCUGAGGAUGUGAAUCUUCAACCAAAUAUGAAAAUUUUCGAGACAAGUGAAACUCAUGGACAACACCCUCCAAUAGCCUACAUUCACAUAUACGAAAGCAACAAAUUUUCAAUUGGGAUUUUCUGCUUACCACCUUCUGGUAUUAUUCCGCUUCAUAAUCACCCUGGCAUGACUGUGUUUAGCAAGCUUCUGUUUGGAUCAAUGCAAGCCAAGUCAUAUGAUUGGGUUGAAAGAGUUGCCACAUGCAAUAAAGACAAUGGGAAAAACCUCCAACAAGGAUUGUUUCCCCAGUUAGCGCGAGUUCAUGUUGAGAAAGAGUUGACAGCCCCUUGUGAGGCUUCUGUACUGUUUCCAGCUGCAGGAGGCAAUUUGCACUGCUUCAAGGCCAUCACUGCUUGUGCCAUAUUAGACGUUCUAGGGCCGCCAUAUUCAGAAAGCGAAGGCCGCCGCUGUACAUAUUACCAAGAUUCCCCUUUUCCUAGAUUUUCAGAUAUUGUAGAAUUGGAAGCUGAUGAGGAUGUGAAAAGUUAUGUGUGGCUUGAAGAGAGGGAGAAGCCUGAGGAGUUUGUGGUGUAUGGUGCACAUUAUACUGGUCCAACAAUUGGACACUCUUGGAGAAAUGUCGCGAAUGGGGCUAGAGCCAAGCUCUGUCUGAUUAGUUUCAUCCCACAGGAUACAGAUAUAAGUGCAGUAUGCAUGCAGAAGAAAAAAUAAUAAUGUAAUAAAUUGGUUACACACAAGUAUUUGCUUUAAUUUGAUCAUUUUGCUCCUCUUA